AGUUCUCCCUUGUGUCAGACAUGUGAGCACAGCAGCUGCUAAAGACAGGAACGACAACAGCUUGAAAAAAUGGUUCAGUGGACUGAUUUCGAGCGUGCCACCAUCAAGGACAUCUUCUCCAAAAUCGACAGUGCUGUCGUGGGGCCUGCAGCUCUUUCCAGGUGUCUGAUUGUCUACCCCUGGACUCAGAGGUACUUUGGUAGCUUUGGAAACCUCUACAAUGCGGAAGCUAUAAAGUCCAACCCCAAAGUGGCGGCUCAUGGACAGGUUGUCCUUGCUGGUCUGGAAAAGGCUGUGAAGAACAUGGAUGACAUCAAGACCACAUACAAAGACCUGAGUGUGCUGCACUCUGAGAAGCUCCAUGUUGAUCCUGACAACUUCAAUCUUCUUUCCGACUGCCUCAGCAUCGUGGUUGCCUCUCAGAUGGGUGAAGCUUUCACUGCUGAUGUCCAGGCAGCUUUCCAGAAGUUCUUAGCUGUGGUUGUGGCCUCCCUCAGAAAGCAGUACCACUAGAGUGCUCCAGCUAAAGACCCUAAAUCAUGAUCCUUUCAGACUGAUUGUUUUGGUCUAAAAAAUAAAACAAUAAAAUAUUUGAGCAAAUUAAAAA